GCUCUCUCGUCUAUGUAAUAUAUAACAACUCACUCGUUACACAAUACCAAAACACAGACUCUGUUCACUCACAAUAUUACUUGACCCUUCAAGCUGGUUUCCAUUCAAGAGAAAAUACCAUAUCACAAAAAUGAUUAAUCUUCGCAUUCCUAUUCUUGUCUCUUUUAUGUUUUUCCUUGUUUUUAUUUCGUCGUCCCUUUUGUUUGCUACACCUAUUUUUGCUGCUAGAAUAGGUCACUCUCUGGUACAAGAAGAGGCCACAAAGAUUCCACAAUAUAAUAGGCUUGAGGAGUCGGAGGAACCGGAGAUUCCAGAAGAGCCGGAGGAGCCGGAGAUUCCAGAAGAUCCUGAGGAACCAGAGGAGCCACCAAAGGAGUCAGAAGAAGAGAGUUUUGAAUUCCCCUCGUGGAUCCCAAGCUUCCCUUUUCCCGGUACGAACGGCGGUUUACCAAAGACUGAAAAGACAAAACCUACAAGUGUUAUUUCCGAGGAAACUUCUAGUGGUUCGAACAAGAAGCCAUAGAUCAAUGGAUUGAAAACAUUAAAAGGGAAUCUAUAUACACUGCUAUUGCUUAAAUAAUGAUAAAUAAAAGUAUAUGGUGUAAUAAUAGGCUUUUGUUUGUGUUUUAUGAAACACGAGAUAGUACUUAUGCAUUGUUGCAUUUUCAUGUCAUGUUUGGGUCACUGACGUCUCGAAAUUAAUAGUCUUUGUACUGAGUCUCUCGUGUAGCUUGUGUGCUUUUCUUGUGGUACAAAAUAUAUAUUUUACUA